CACCGCCGUAAUUAUCAUUUCUCUGACAAUUUUGCUGCUUUAUGGAAUGUCCUUUGGCCCAGUGAAAUCUUCUAUGUGGAUAACUGCUUUCCUCAUUGCUCUUCUUCACAAAAUAUUCAUCAUUGAUCCGAUUCGGAUAAGUAUAGUUGCAUUAUGGCGAGCAUAUCGAUCGAAAAGUGCACCCCCAGAUUAUGGCUUCCAGAAAAAACUUAUCUCUCCAGAGCGGCAAGAACUUCGUAACAUCAAGCUACGACUCGACUAUUUAAUGAAGAAGUUCCAGGAAGGAAAUUGGAAACCAAGUGAUCACAAAGAAGAGAGACAGUCUGAAAAACGAGAGAAGCUCCUGAUUCACUACGACAGGGUUUUCUACGACCUUUUGAUGUAUACGUUUUAUAUGGUGGCUUUACUGCUGAUAGUUUUAGGUUCUAAAAGUGACCUUUCUUAUUAUAGCACAAGAUAUGUUCAAGAUUUUUUCACAGCGGGUAGAAAUGAAGGACCGCCCACCAAUCAGAUAUUGACAGAAAACGAAUUGAAGAGUUACCUAAACAACACAAUUGCUAGGCAGCUUCAUGAUGCGAGGUUCUAUCAGAGUCGGACAAUAAGGUAUAAGCCAGGUUUCCUAGAUGGAAGAACCGUGAAAGUAUUGGGCGUGGCCAGGUUGAGGCAGCAGAGAAUUCCCGAGGAGAGUUGCUCCUCUGUAAAAAGCAUCAAUCACGUUAAUUGUUCCGGUUACUUUCAACCAUCAAACCAAGACACGAAGAAUUAUAGUGCCAACUGGGCGCCAUCAGUGUAUUUUCAGUAUUAUCCUGAAUAUUGGCGGCUUUUACAGCCGUUCACAUAUCAGACAGCGGAGGACUCGGAUUCUCUGCCUUUGUUUGGACAUGAGCACUACUAUCGCGGUGGGGGCUAUGUGGCCAAACUGGGUCGGAAUCAUAGAAACAGCCAAAAGGUUCUCAACUACUUGUUUAAAUCCAACUGGAUAGACAAUCGUACAGGAGUCAUCUUUAUAGAAGUCAACCUUUACUGUGUUAACGCCAAUUUAUUCAAUUUGGUGACAAUCGUGGCUGCAAGGACUACUUUCGGGAGCUUCUCUAUGGAGGUCCAUGUGAAAACUGCUAAGUUACUCUUCAUGCUGUCCAGCUUGGAUUGGGAAGUGUUCAUAGCCUUCAUUUUAUUUUGUAUCAUCAUUGUGCUAUUCAUCCGGCGGCUGGUCAUUCGCGUAGCGUACAAGGAGAGCUUCACCGACCACGGCAUCUGGGAAUACGUGGAUGUCGUUCUUAUUGUUUUCAGUAUCGGGACACUUGCGUUGUUCUUCGUUAGGAACAACUACGUCGUAAGCCUGCUUCAUUAUUUAGAGGACAAUCGGAAGAAUACGUUCGUGAGUUUCGCUUAUGCGGCCAUGUUCGAUGAUUUCUUCACUGUGAUAUCAGCCAUGUUAGUUUGCAUCGCCACUAUCAGGUUGUGGAAGAUCCUCCAUUUCGCAGUUAUGUUUCGUGUGUUCUCAAAAACUUUGUACCGCAGCGUAGGAACUGUGAUUUUCACUUUGGCGAUAUUGAUAGUAUUCAUGGUUAGCAUUUCAGCGGCAGUUCAUGUGAUUAAUGGCGGUUCCAUAGCCAGAUUUUCCUUCUUUGGCAAAACACUAGCAACAGUCAUGACAUUUUCAUCCGGAUUUGUAGAUCUCGACGUUGAGGAAGUACGCCGCAGCGGGACCCUUGUGAGCUUCAUUCUCUAUGUAGUGCAAGCAAUUGUUGUUAAUAUAUUCCUCAUAAAUUUGCUGGUGACAAUAACUUUGUUCUACUUCUCGGUACUUCGAGGAGAGAUGUCAGAAAGGGAGACCAAGUCGUACACAUUCUGGCAAUUUAUUCGAGAUGAAUAUUAUGAAAUGAAAGACAAUCGGUCUAAACCCAAGAGGCAGCAAAAGGGUAACAAAAGCUUAAGGCUUCGAGGAGGGGGAACGUACUUUUCUAAAAGCAGCCAAUCAACAAAGAAUGAUCAGGAUUCGAAGGGACCAGAAAAGGUUAGCGUGAGAAGUAAAUACACACCUGAGAAAGCUGGGUUGGCUAACGAAAUUAUCAGCACACAGAUGGAUUACUUAGAGCGGUAUAUCAGCUUGCGAUGUGCGAUUCCGUGUGACAAUGAAGAGUUGCAGGAGGAAUCUGAAAUAAGGAGCUCGGAAACAGUAAGUAAAGUAUCAAAAGGGCCUGAACGUUCCAAUGAGAAUGUAUCACCCAAGCAUAAAUUUAGAGUAGAUCUCAGGAAAAAAGCCAGCAGUGCAAACGCGAGCGACAAAAAAAGGAGAAUCACAAAAAUUCUUAACAAAGAUUUUACUUUAAACCGACCUAUUCGUAGUACGUGA